UCACGUAAACGUGUCAAGGUGACGCUUGCAUGUAUUGUUUGUCGUAAAAAGAAAGUAAAAUGUGAUGGAGUUCAACCAAGUUGCUCAAGGUGUCAAUCGAAUGGAGUUGAAUGUCAAUAUACUGAUCCUCCAAAGAAACGAGGUCCACCCAAAGUACGAAUUGAAGUCAUUGAGAAUCGUAAACAUCGUAUCGAGUCA